GGCAAAAAAUAAAUAAAAAAAUGAAGAAGUUGCGCGAAAAUGUGUAACAACAGUACAGUACAGUACAGUACAGGUUGUCAAAUCGUGGCGUAGUCUCUCGCCUUUGUUGUUGAAGACGUUACAAUACAAUACAGCGCUUGUGUUGUGCUUCGACGGUAUCAUCAUCAUCGAUUCUUUCAAUUGUUUUGGGUUUAGGGUUUUCCAAUUCCACCAACCAAACCCUUCAGAAUGGCUGAGGGUAUUAGUGAUGAAUCAUUGUUGACUCGUAUCCGACAACUCGAACAAGAGCGUGAUGAAUUGCGCAAAGAUAUCGAACAACUAUGCAUGCAACAAGCUGGUCCUGGUUAUCUUGCUGUCGCUACCCGAAUGCAUUUUCAAAGGACAGCUGGACUGGAGCAGGAGAUUGAGAGCCUGAAAAAUAAGUUGGCUGUGUGCACUAGAGAUACUCUAAAUCUACAGGAGGAGCUUUCUGAGGCUUACAGAAUUAAAGGUCAACUGGCAGAUUUACACAACGCCGAGGUUUCAAAGAAUAUGGAAGCCGAGAAGCAGGUUAAAUUUUUCCAGGGCUGUGUAGCUGCUGCGUUUGCUGAAAGAGAUCAUGCAAUAAUUGAGGCUGAAAAGGCCAAGGAAAAAGAGGAGGCGAUGUCACAACAAAUAGACGGCUUCCUCAAAAGGGUAGAAGAACUCGCCUCAGAUUGUCUUAAGCAAAAGGAAUUUAAUGAUGCUAUGCAGAGUGAUCAAGCAAUGUAUAUAGAGCAAAAUGAAAAAUUUAAGAAGGUUAUUGAUAAAUUCUUUCAGAUCAGGCAAUGUUCCCAGAAAGAAUUUGAAGAUACAAGUUGGGAUGUUAAAUGUACAAGUCUUUUGGAUGACUCUGAGGAGUUAUGGAGUUUCAAUGAUGCUUCCACCUCUAAAUAUAUUAGUGCAUUAGAAGAGCAGCUGGACAAAGUAAACAAUUCUGUGGACUUUCUUCAAAGUAAACUUAGGGUGGGCUUGGAAAUUGAAAAUCAUCUGAAGAAGAGAGUCAGUUCAAUGGAACAAAAGCAAAUUUAUAUGAACAAAGUGAUUGAGAACGGCAUAGCAGAUUUAAAACAUCAUCAUUUUCAGUAUAGGGAUUGUAUUAUGAAUUUACUUAGUGAUGGGGAUUCCACUAUUAAAUCCAUAAUCAAUGUGAUUGAUGAAAGAGUCAGGAGGUUCGAUCAGGAUAUUGAGCCAACUUUGGUCUCUCAAAGAGACACAGAAGUAGAAGAGAAUGAAUGUGGGGAUGCACACAUAAGCCUGCAAGAUAAAACUGUUUCACAGUCCAAGGGUACUUGUCUUGGCUCACUAGCAGUAAAAGCUGAUGGACAAGGUGAUUCAUCUGAUGCUUUAGCAAUGGCAUUGCAAGAAAAGGUUGAUGCAUUAAUGCUGUUAUCGCAGCAAGAAGAAAGACAUCUAUUGGAGAGAAAUGUGAAUUCAGCCCUUCAAACAAAGACUGAAGAACUUCAAAGGAACUUGUUACAGGUUACUAAUGAAAAGGUGAAAGCUCUAAUGGAAUUGGCACAAUUAAAGCAGGAACAUCAAUUACUUUUGGAAAAAUUAGACCAUGAGACUAAACAAGGAGUUGACACUGGAGAAAGAAAGCUUGUUAUUCGUGAAAGAGACGGAACUUUAAAAAACUUGCUGAAGAAAUCAUAUUUGAAACGGUGGAUAGGCCCGGUGGAUGUUAGUGGAAAAGAAGUUGACAGCAAUAUAAAUAAUGAAGGGAAUUUCUACAACCAGAGAUCCAGCAGUGUGGAUUUUGCGAGAAUGAAGAUUGAAAAUGCAACUCUUAAAGAAAGCAUGGACAGCAUGGAGCAUUUAACUUCAUCAAUUCAUAGACUUCGCCUUUCACUUUGGAAGGUCAAGGAGUCUGUGACUUCUGAAGGUACAGUUUCCAGUGUUUUAGAAGUCCUUAAUGGUGUUAUCAAUGAGGCAAAACUUUUAAGAACUGCUCUUGGCAGCUCCUUACCAAUCAGUUGGUCAAUUGAGACAGAAGUUGGUUACAUUGGAGAUCGUGAGGGCGUAGACACAGUCCAUCAGGAACGCGACGAAGAGAAGAUAGACACCAUUUCUGCUGCUGGGCUCGAAAUGGUAGAGCUUUUGAUUUUUGCUGCUCAGUUGUUGAGGGACAUGUAAACCACUAUGGUUCCUGGUUUAGAAGUUCUAUGAAGAGUUGUUCCUUAUUGUGGUUACUGGUGCGAUAUUCCCUUUAAUGAUUUAUUUGAUGGUUUGUAUUUAUGGAUUUUCUUUUAAGCCUGGCAGUAAUCAGGCAGGGUGAUGAUGUCAAAUUCAAAGGGAGGGUGAGAUAGCUUUAUUGAAUUUGUCUAGGAGAGAAAAUGAAAUUGCGCCAUACGAUCAUAUUUUUAUGUGUGUGGUCUUGUAAAUUGAUAACCCUCGACGCAUGAGUUAAAUACCGCAACACACAACUAUGAUAUUCUUUAGUUUUAGUGGUGAGGGAUUAAGGUAGUAAGCAUGAGGUAUUAGGUUCAAUCUUCAGCUCCAUUGUAAACAAAAAAGACAAAUAAACAAUCAGCAUUAGAAAAUGUUAUGAUAGAGAAUUUAUUGUCGUGCCCCUCAUA